AUGGUCAACAUCAUCUCUCUCUAUCUCUCUCUCUCUCUAUCUAUCUCGCCCCCUCUCUAUCUCUCUAUCUCGCCCCCUCUCCCCACCAAACAGGAUCAACAUCCAGAUUUCUCAUACAAAAAAACUCAUCAGACGUUUUCUUUUAGAAGAAUGAUCGCUCAAAUGCCCUUCGGGGUCAACGAUCGCUCUCAUCAUCGGAUUGAUUUCAAAUGCCCUUCGGAGUCCACGAUCGUUAACAAAGAAUCGGUAAUGAAGUGUGUACCGGAGAUGAUCCCCGAUACUGAUGCCCAGAAUAUUACAAUUCCAACGGACCUUUUUAAGGAUUUUGAAAACUUGAAAAGCGCAACAAAAUUAGAUUCUGCAACAUUGAUGCGAAAGUUGCUGACAGAUUUCAACAAGUUGAAAGAAAACGACGACAGUGUUCCUGGGAGCAAAACACUUACUGUCAACGAUUACCACGACAGCGAUAUAAACACGUUGUUGACAACUAUUAAACAGGAAUGUCCCUCACCAGAAACUGGACACAUAUCUCCAUCUACUUACCAUAUUUCUGAAUCAACGAUUACAUCUGCCGCUGGACUGGACAUUAAUGAAAAUCUCGAUAUGUCAAGGUGUAAAAAAACAAAAGAUUUUCAAGACCAGGACUCGAACAUGAACUUUAUCAAUGGCAAAAUUUCAAGUCCCGGUUCUCAAAUGGAAGACGACGAUAACAGAAAGAGAAAGAACAAUACUGAUGAGGAUAAAAGUAAUAGUUCUCACGGCAAAUUUCCUCGUUAUCUCGAUAAUAAUAAUGAUAGCCAUAUUGAGCACACUAGUAAGAACAGCCCGUACCACUAUAACGAAUACCAAAAUCGUCACCAGUCUCUUUACAAACGCAAUAUGCAUUACCAACAUCAGUAUCUUGAACCCCACGAAGCAAAGAUCGUUCCUUUUGUCUGUAAAACAGAGGAUUUAUCGUCGUAUAAUGAUGGCUAUGGGGUAGAUAUUACCCACGGGUCUAAACUCUUCAAGUCCAGACAUAAAGAAGAAUUUGAUCGUAAGGAUCGAGGGUCAAGUUCUGAGACAAUAGCGAGGUACGGGGAAAACCAGUUGGGGCCAAUGGGACCUGCUACUGAUAAUUCAGAUGAUACAGAAACAUACGAGAUCCCGAGUUCAAUUAAUAGGGAUUUUCAAUCUCCUGGACCCUUGAAUCACGGGGAACGUUUAAUUUCAAAGAAAAUGGACACUGAAAACCAUUAUCUCACCAAUAUUAAGGCAAUGCACUAUGGAUUGUUGAAAGAUGGUGGUUACGGUAAAGUAGAGACAAGUAAGAGAAGCGAAAGUCCAGACAAUGAAAUCCCGCUGGACUUGAGUAUUGUCAAAAUGGAACCAAACAUUUCUUACUCCUCUGUCUCUAGGUCUCAGUCUUCGUCAUCCGUUUCUCCGAACCCUUCGUUUGUGGCUACGUCAAGCCCCAACCGUAACAAGGACUAUGCCAAUCUUUAUACCCAUUUAGAGAACCACGUUACCAAACCACACAAACUUGAACCCGACGCGAAAGAGUUUUCACCGGAAGAAGAAAAAGAGAACUUACAUUCAUUUCCGGAAGCAUGUUCGCUACCUGACACAAACCCAACUUCGUCGCUAUCGUUAGGCUAUGUCCCGGCUAUCGAAAAACCUGAUAUGAAACCUGACCACGCCCAUGGAAGAAGUAGUGUUAGUUCUUCUCCGGAAAUAAUCAGUGCAGGAUCGACGGGGCCCAAAAUAACAGACGUUUCAGGGUCUUUUUCAGCGACAAAAUUAUCACAGGUACAACAAAUGCAGGUUAACAUGCAGCAACAACCAGCAGUGGAGACCCUUCUUUCGUCAUCCGGGCAACAAGAAGCAGCUAGUAAAGCCGUCGACGUACAUCCACUGGUCGUGCCUCAAAUUAAUCCUGGUUUUCUGGGACCUACAGGACAAAACAUGACUGCAAAAUUUAUCCCACUCCCGACGAGUGUUAGUACUUCGAUGCCAGUACCAAUUCCUACAAACGUUGUCGCCGUACAAAAAAACGAUAACUGCAUGUAUGUAUAUCCGAUGAGUUUUCCCACGCUGUCUUCCAUGCCACCCAGCAGCCAGCAACUAGGGGUACCCCAACCAGUGAUGCCUGUACAGAAGCUUGAACCGUUAUCCUCGUUCGUACCGGACAAAGGUCCCGAAAAGGACCAACUAAAGCUAGUUGCUGAGAGCAACAUCUUCCCAGGGGUUUACACGAGCAUACUGAAACUGUCUUCUCACAAGAGGUCUAGAUCGAAACAAGACAAAAACAAAAGUAAUCAGGCUGUCAAUCAUGCGCAAAGUACAGCUCCCCCUCCUCCACCACCACCGCCCCCAAAUGUUGCAACCCAAGUGCCAGCUCUGACGUCCCAGCCAAUGACGUCCCAGGCUGUCAUGUUUAUCCCGACUAUGCGUCCAUUACAGAACGUGUGCGUGCCUACCACAGCCGUUGGCCAGUCUGUCCAGCCUCAAACAAACUUCCCUUUGACCAGUUCCCCACUCACAGCCACAGCCACCCCCACCACCAAUUCUCACGUUAGCGUUCCCUCUAAACAAACAGUGACGAUGACAUCAGCAGGUGUGGCGAAUACACACACGAGUAGCAGCGCCGGACAGCAGUCAAUUAUUAUGGUCUACCCACAUACGGCCAUUUCAGCCCUGGGCAAACCUGUGCGAAGGCGUGGUCGACCCCCCAAACUACCUAUGCUUACUCAACUUCUUGUGGACAAGAGACCCAAAAUUGCUAACGUCCCUAUCACAGAGAACAAAUCCUUGACCGUUCUCGAUCAAAAAGAUUUACCUUUGGUUUCACCUGCACCCUUUCAAGAACGGGUGAAUGUCACCAAACCCGAACCGAUUCCAAUUGAUGUCAAUGAAUCGGCAGAUGACAAAUUGGACGGCGUCGAGAUUUUGGGUGAGACACCAGCAACGGUGACAAGCCAAGUGGAGAGAACAAAAAAAAUACCGGUCACUUUGAAUUCGUCCAUCCCGACGGUAGCUUCAACACUGACCACUAAUAGCAGCAGCAGCAGCAGCAGCGGUGGACCGCUUUACCAGGAGAUGAUUCUCUCGCCAAGGUCACUGAAGAACAUAAAACCGCGAAAACCACACUCGGCUAAUGAUUUCAUGAAACCGAAUGCGAAUUUCAUUUGCACAUCGUUUCGGAUUCGGCCGCGGGCUUUCCGGUCAAGGCGGAACGGAAAUGGACGGAACCGAAAGAACGCUAAAGGUCUUUUGAAAGGCUCUAUCUCUCCUCUCCCGUCUUCAACUUCCCUGCAUCACCGUCUCGAGAACAACAAGAGCUGGACAUCAGACGACAAUUCAAGGGGUUCUUCACCACGCAAUUUCUUCCAGGAACUUUACCAUUGCAAGAUCUGCAACGAGAUUGUCUCAUCGGAAGAGAAGGCAUCGCAUCAGAGAGAACAUAUUCCCAUCCGUUUCUUUUGCCAGACUUGCGGGCUGGAGUACCAAAGUUUUCUAGCCCGAAAUCCAGCAAGCGACAAAAAUGACCCAAACGAUGAUGACAUCCCCGAUGAUAACAACGGUGAGCCAAUAGAACUUCCUGAACCGCUUCAAUGCGACCGAUGCUGCGAAAACUUCUCGCAUCCUAAGUUCGCCCUCAAUCGGUGUUUGCAAGUUCAAGGAGGAAACAUCUUAUGCGACCUCUGCGGUGAUCAGUUCCGAACGUUUACGAACUUUUACGAGCACCGCAACAAGGUGCAUGGGGAUUGUGGUCUUAGUCGUGCUGAACAUUACGUGUGCGAGACAUGCGGUAAAAUACUUUAUACGUCCAAGGCUCUGCGCCUUCAUCGCAAAUUGCACCUCGACCGUACUGUUCAGUGCACUAUUAACGACUGUCCACGCUUCUUCCAUAAUAAUAUGGACCUCCUGCGACAUAUCCGCGAGCAGCAUGACAAAACGAAAGAGUUCUCCUGCAUUUACGACGGCUGCAACAAGAAAUUUAUGAAGAAUUUUCACUUGCAAGAACACAUCCGCGUCAAGCACUUCAAUAUCCGGGCAUUUCACUGUUCAUGGCCCGGAUGUACGAAGGAGUUCGCUGCCGAGCGACACCUCAAGGUUCAUUUACUUAUACACAAGGACGAGAAACCAUUAAAAUGUGAGUUUUGUGACUAUAGGUGCCGACAGAGAAACGCUUUGAACUGGCACAUGCGCAAACACCCGGAAGCACCUUAUAAGUACCGGAAGUUUUCUAUAAAUUCCUCUGACUGCUGA